AUGGACUUAGCUGGUUCUGAGAGAGUUUCUCUGACGAAAGCUGCUGGUGAGCGUCUUAAAGAGGGGGCUAACAUAAACAAAUCUUUGUCAGUAUUAGGAAAUGUGAUAAGGCAACUAAGCGAGGGGAAGGAGUUUAUCAGUUAUCGCGAUUCGAAAUUGACUAGACUGCUCUCACAGGCUCUUGGCGUUCAAGGCCUGCCAAUAAAUGAUAGAACAAGCACAUUGAGAGAACCUAUGCACAACUUUAUCCAGAAAGAAAUUGGAGUAGAUGUGAAAGUCAACUCAGCAAGGAAACUAGGAGAAAAGGUUUGCCUAGUAGAGUUUGACAGCUAUUCUGAUAAGAGUCAUGAAACAUAA